CCACAACUGUCAAUGUCAAACAAGUUCGAACCAAUACUGUAUACGCAAUACCCAUUUAUGAGUUAAAAAUGUUCAUAUUUCAUUUAAUUUUCCAAUGUCACGAAAAACAUUUAAAUCUAUAUAAAAUAAUCUAAAAUUCAUUCAGACGUCAUGGCUACUGAAGAGCACAAAGAAUUGGCUUACUAUAUUAAGGAAGUACACGCUUCUUUGAGAAAGUCUUCUUCAAAAAUAGGAUUUCAUAGAGCAUGGCUUGAACAUUGUGAAAAUGAAGAUGUUUUAAAAAAGUAUGCAAAAUGUAUGGAACGAUUAGCAACUGUACAUUGGGAUAACAAUUGUUUGGAUAAAUCACAUGUUGUGUCUCGAAUACAAUGGUCUGCUGAUUUUUGCUAUAAUUAUUACAUUAAUGAACAGUAUGUAAAAUUUCGUGAAAAAGAAAUAGACAUAUCAAACAAAAUUGAUAUUAAUAUUGAUAGUAUAGAACAAUUUACCUUACCUUUAAAAUUGCUUGAUGUAGGCAGCUGUUAUAAUCCAUUUAAAAAUUAUGAAUACUUGGAUGUACUGGCAAUUGACCUGUGCCCAGCAAAUAAUUCUGUCUACCAAUGUGAUUUUCUAAAUGUUGGCAUUGACAAAGAAAUCAUUAUAGAAAACCAUAGAAUAAACCAAUUAGAAGAAAACUCUUAUGAUAUAGUUACAUUCUGCUUCCUGCUUGAAUACAUUCCCAAUUCCGAAUUAAGAAUAGAGGCAUGUGUGAGAGCUUACAAUCUUUUAAAACUAGGAGGAAUAUUGAUAAUAAACACUCCAGAUUCUAAGCAUGUUGGAGCCAAUUCUAGAUUAAUGAAAUGUUGGAGAUACACUUUAGCAUGUUUAGGUUUUUCUAGAAUUAAAUAUGAAAAGUUUAAACAUAUGCAUUGCUUAGUUUUUAGAAAAUCUUUACAUAAAGAUAUAGCUAAAAGAUGGACUUUGUUAUGUAAAGAGCCUAAUAUAGAGUAUGGUUUAUUUAUUCCACAAGAUUUUUUAAGUGACAAGGAAGAGAAUCAAACAAAUCCUGAUAAAACAUCCAUACAUGUUACCAACAGUGCAAACAUUACAGAAUACUUUGUUGAAUUACCAUUUAAUAAUAAUUAAAUAAAUUUGAUUUAUA